GGGCGGCAUGAUGUGGCGGCGUGCGCGGACGGAUCGAGCGCGUUGACCGUCUCUCCACAUGCCGACAACACUCUGCAGUCAGCAGAAAGAUGUCCUAAUAUGGGUUGGCCAUGCGUGGUAGCACGCGUCCUCGCCUGCCUCCUCAUGCUCAGCAGAGCAUCUGCUCUUACAUCCGACAUUUUUGCAUCAGGAAAGUCGGACAAAGAGAUAUUGGACAAUCUCUUGAAAAACUCCCGCUAUGACAAAAGACUGCGUCCGCCAGUAGAGGAUCCAGAUUUCUGUUGUGGGCUUAAGACUCCCAACGACACUGUGGCUAGUCCGGCGGGGCUCCCGUCGCUUCGACCCCGGGCGCACAAUCGUGGUGUUCUCACCGUAAAUGUUAGCGUGCUACUACUUAGUUUAGCAUCUCCAGACGAAUCUAGUCUUAAAUACGAGGUUGAAUUUCUACUACAACAGCAAUGGUACGAUCCACGGCUGCGGUACUCCAAUUUGUCCCAAUACGACUACCUGAAUGCCAUCCAUCACCACGAGGACAUCUGGCUACCAGAUACUUAUUUCAUAAUGCACGGUGAUUUUAAGGAUCCGAUAAUACCAAUGCACUUUGCAUUGCGUAUUUUCCGCAAUGGUACCAUCAACUACCUGAUGCGGAGACAUCUUAUAUUAUCCUGUCAAGGACGGCUCAACAUCUUUCCUUUUGAUGACCCAUUGUGUUCAUUUGCCUUAGAAAGUAUUUCGUACGAGUCGUCAGCUAUAACAUACGUGUGGAAAAACGAUGAAGACACUCUACGGAAGUCACCAUCGCUGACCACCCUCAACGCCUAUCUGAUCCAGAACCAAACUAUUCCGUGUCCCAUAAAGGCCAGUUGGAGAGCUGAGGGUAAUUCACUUUACGAGGAAGACGAAGAGCUGACAUGUAAUCUUUGCCAGAGACGCUUUGAGGAGCAAGGUAACUACAGCUGUUUAAAAGUCGACCUAAUAUUUACAAGAGACCGAGCGUUCUACUUUACGACAGUUUUUAUCCCUGGAAUAAUUUUGGUGACAUCUUCCUUCAUCACGUUCUGGCUGGAAUGGAACGCGGUGCCAGCCCGUUCCAUGAUAGGAGUGACAACGAUGUUGAAUUUUUUCACAACUUCCAACGGGUUUCGAUCGACACUGCCAGUGGUGUCAAAUUUGACUGCAAUGAACGUUUGGGACGGCGUGUGUAUGUGUUUCAUCUACGCUUCACUACUGGAAUUCGUGUGUGUCAACUACGUGGGACGAAAGAGACCACUCCACAACGUCGUUUACAGGCCGGGGGAAAAUCCAGUCACUCAGCGACUGCCUGCUGUCCUGAGCAGAAUUGGCAUUAUACUGGCCAGCCCCUUGGAGGCGAUGGCAUUCCUCAAUUGGGCAACGUCAGACGCGCCUCAGCCGGCAACUAGUGGUGCUGGUGAUAAAAAGCGGGACUCGACCGGUGCCGCAGACUUAGUCACGUGUGCAACGUGUACAGGCCCACCAGGUUCCUGUAGUCAUACCACCAAUAACGGUGGAGUCACUGAGCCAUGUUUCGUCCAGGUUCGCAAAAAAGAACCACCGCACCCGAUCCGAGUGGCGAAGACCAUCGACGUGAUCGCACGGAUCACCUUCCCCACUGCCUACGCUGUGUUUCUUAUCUUCUUCUUCAUUCACUACAAGGCCUUCUCUUAAUGCUGUCUUUGCUGCUCCUGCUGCCUCUCCCUGCCGCGGGCCACUUCAUGUGGACAGACUAUUGUGUCUUUUUACAUCUUAUAUUUUUACUUAUACCGUCACAACUAAGUGCAACAUCAUACUAUGCUGAUAAUUUUGAUGAAAGUUAACUUUCAUUACGAAUUGUGAUUAUAUCCAUCAUAGUGAUCAUAUUUAACGUAAAACCUAAAUAAUAAGAAAGAUAAAAUUAAGCUGAAGACUAUCGUUGCAGCUUUCUAUUGUUAAUGGCAUUAACGACUACAUUCAGGUAGAGAUGAAUGCAACUUUUCUA